GAAGAGUCUCCGUUAUCUGUGGUCUAGUUCGGGUUUCAGGGGGAGCCAGAGAUCUUCUGUCCGCGGCUAAGGUAAGAGGACACCGGUGACCCGCGAUAACGGAGCGAAACGGACAUAGCGCGAGCGAUCAGCACCAGUCCGAUGCCUUCACGUAUGUCCUCUAUUACCGGCAGAACGCGGAUAUGGUCCCAGUUUCCUCGAGGCUUAGUAGGCAGUAGGCUACUUUAUAACCGCUAAUUACCUCAUAGGCAAUAUUGCUGACAUUGGUCAACGGUGAUAAGUAGGUCCGCUUAGCCAUGGAGGUUCCGCAAUGUCAAAUUCUAAACGAAAACUUCAGGAAAUAGGCAGUUGAUUAACGAAUCAGACUGUUCGUUUGGAAGUUUACUCGCUAGUGAAACACUUGUCACUUUUGGUUUACACGCCAUUGCCAAGAGAAUACAAAAUGGCAAGUCGUUUCAAAGAACUUUGGUACUACCUACAAGACCCGCACCACGUAGCGCGCUUCCAGCGACUGUGUGGCGUUCGGGGGACACUGAAGUCGACAGACGGCGGUGAAACCAAACGCCAAACGGAGGCGCUUGGCAACGGCACAUACGGGAACGGACUUCUGGACGCGGGAGGCAAAGGGCAGACACCCGGUCACAUGAGGCAGCGAAGAACCGCUUCAACAGAGAACUGCAGACCUCCGACAGGCGCGUCUGAUACCGAUAUUAGUGGUCGCUUAGUUCUAGGAGCGCCCGAAGUUAGUUCUACCAAAUCAUCGGGAGAUGGCGAGUGUGGACUCGGGGAAGCUGCUAAGGGGGCAUCGGACAGUAACGGCACCAGUACCGAUGGCAAGUUGGAGACGGCAGAGACCGUCAAACCCCUGCGUAAAAACUCUCUCACCGGCGACGCGGGCCAGGAGUUUCUAAUCGAGAACAAGUUCCUGUUUUACCUGUUCACUUUAGGAACCGAACUCGGUAACGAGCUGUUCUACAUCAUCUUCUUCCCCUUUGUCUUGUGGAACGUGGACGCCCUGGUGAGCAGGCGGUUGGUGGUGGUGUGGGUGUGGGUCAUGUAUAUCGGCCAGUGCACUAAGGACCUGUUCCGGUGGCCGCGGCCCGCCUCGCCCCCCGUGGUGAAGGUAGAGAUGUUCUACAACUCGGAGUACAGCAUGCCGUCCACGCACGCCAUGUCGGGCACCGCCAUCCCCUUCGCGCUCUUCCUCAUCACAUACGGCCGCUGGGAGUACCCGUUCCUGCUGGGCCUCCUCUUGGCGCUCUGCUGGUGUGUGUUGGUGUGUGUGAGCCGCAUCUACAUGGGAAUGCACUCCAUACUGGACAUUAUCGUGGGGCACCUCUACAGCGUCCUCAUCCUCUUUGUGGGCGGUUCUGCACUGGGGCCCAUUGACGACUUCUAUGUCCGGGGGACGUGGCCUAUCGGCAACGCUGACGGGGGCGGUGACAACAGAAUCUGGGACAUCCUGGGCUGGCCAGUGGCGUUGGAGAGCCUGUGCGUACCGGCGCUGGUGAUUGUUCUCCACGUGGGGACGGGGCUUUUGUCCUUCACGCUGGACGCCUGGAGCACGUCUCGUGGCGACACUGCCCAGAUCCUUGGCUCGGGUGCGGGGCUAGCGGUGGCGUCGCACCUCAACCAGCGCCUGGGCCUGCUACCCGACCCGCCCCUCUCCGCCUUGCCCCUGCGCUGCCCGGCACUCUCGGCGCUGCCGGGGCUGGCGUGCGCGAGUGUGCUGCGGUCGCUGCUGGGCGUGUGUGUGUUGUUGGCCACGCGAGCUGCGAUGAAGGCGCUGGUGAUCCCGCUGGCGUGCCGCGUGGCAGGAGUGCCCUCUAGUGACGUGAGGAAGGCGCGACAGCACAUGUCCGUCGAGCUACCGUACAGGUACAUCGUCUACGGCACUGUGGGCUUCAACACGCUCUUCCUCGUACCCCUGCUCUUCAGUCUGCUACAGCUCGCAUGAUUGGGCCAACAUGAGCAUUCUAAAGCCUUGAUUGGGCCGACCAGAGCAUUCUAAAGAUUCGACCAACCAGGAUUUCUCUUUGCUUUUAUUGGACCAGCUGGAGUAUUCUAAGCCUUAAUUUGACCAACAUUAGCAUUCUCAGCCCUGAUUGGUCCAGCUCUGGGAUUCUCUUGACUCUUAAUGGACCGACCACUCAUUCUAAUGGCACACCAAAAGCGACUAGAGCGACAACGGCGACGGAAGUUUGUGUGGAGGAGCUGGAGACGGAAGAGACAAGCGAUUUAGGCAACAAGAGGCGAUUUGAACGCUACAGCCAAUAUUAUGCCAAUGAGUUGCGAUGUGAUUCGACGACAGCCACUGCAGCCGCUCAGAAUGCUGUAAUGUUUUAAAUCUGUUAUAAUUGUCAUACUCUGUGGCUUUUAUGACUCGUCUCACUCUUGCUAUGAAGAUGGUCCAACAACUCUUUGUUGCUUUGGUGUGUUAGCGCCGUAAGCCCUGAUUAGGCUAGGUGUUCUGGUCCUGAUAUUUUUCUCCAUUCUGAUUGGGCUAGCACUGGUAUUCUCUUCGCUUUGAUUGGAUUACUCUGACAGUCUCCGCCCACUUCAUCCUCAGCCAACUGGCCCCUCUCCCGAUUGGCUGGACAGCCAACUCUUGACCAAUGACAUUUCUCUGUGUUAAACUGCCCCGCCCAUCUUAAAUGACAAACUGAAUGAUUUAUUGACUGGUUGAUUGAUUGAUUUAUCUUUUAGUGUUGUUGUGCUGCUGUCUGUACCGUCAUGUUGAACUUAAAUGUUUUAUGAUUUUAUUUUUCUAAUGUUCUGUAGUCAUUCCAAUGGUGUCUGUCUGUCUGUCUGUCUGUCUGUCUGUCUGUCUGUCUGUCUGUGUCUGUGUGUGCGCGCGCGUGCGCGUGUUCGCUGCUGUGCUGUCUUGCUCUUGUGAGACCAGACGGCUCAUGUUGUUUCAUCAUCUCUCCACUCCUCACUUCUCUGGUAGACAUUGUCAUUGACGGCUUUACCACUUUCUAAUGCUUACUUUUUAUUUCUGUGCGUUUGUGUGUGUUUAAAUUCCUGUGAAUUGCCUUUUAAUGCCUUUAGAGCUUGGGGGGGGGGUUGGGGGGGGGCUCUGGACCAUGCUACGACAAGUCAUUUAGCAGACACUGUGUGUGAGUGAGUGAGAAAGAGACACAGAGAGAGAGAGAGAUCUCCUCUGUGUGUAAAGCACUAUUCCAACGGGACUAGUUUUAUGUUCAUGGGGUUCAUGGGGUAAUGUGAUUUUUAUCUCAGGAUGUCGGUAAAAGAAAAGGCAGAUUCGAACUGGGUUGAAAUAUCUCAGUAAACGAACAGAAAGCAGGAGGGGUUACUCAUCACGCACCUGUGACUGCCCUGGUCGUCAUGCGCGUGCCAACUCCACAAUAUAUUAUUGAUUUUUGAGCACAUUAUUGCGCAUCCAUGGACGCUUUUGGACCCGUGGAACAAUUCUAAUAAUUGGCUACAAAAAAGAGAAAAGGGAAUGCUUCACUGGGUCCUGUAUCCAGUUAGUAAAAAAAAGGGUGCUCAUCAAAAAGAACUUGGGCGUCCAAACUUCCAUGAAAAGAUAAAAAAACACUAUUUGAGGCACUCCUUACUAAAGUUUAAAAAGCCUUUAUUAAAUACUGGCUACAUGCCUACGCGUUUCGACCCAUUGUCUUCAUCAGGGCAUGCCUAAUAAUUGGCUGUUGGUUUACUAACCCAUCAAAAUGUCUGCAUGCGUGUCCUUUCAUUUGGAGAGAGCGUUUGACCAUGCUGUCUAAUUUUGACAGCAAACACAGCUUGGAACAACUCCCUAAAAUAAAACUAACUGUUUACUACAAGGCUGUGAUGUUUGCAAGCCCAGAGAGAUUUGAUAUAUUGUGCGUUUCGUGCGCUUAACCAGACAUCUUUACAUAGGGUCGCAUUCGGACAGGAUUAGUAUUACCUAGGGUAAUUCUUCCGGACCGUUUUACAGGAGGUAAAACUCGCGGUGAAGUUUACCCGACAUACUCCGCUAUCUUUACCGGACUGGCGCGUUCGGACGGGAUUCAAUUUCCCGGUAACACUUUAUUUUAGGGAUACAUCUAUUAGCACUAAUACAUACAAUGUCCCUGUAUAAGUAACUUGUAAGGCAUGUACUAAGCAAAAUCAAGCAUUUGUUAGGCAUGUAGUCGCAAAUGUCUUGUUCAUGCACAAUAAGGUUUUUUUUUUUUUACCAAUUUAACCUUAGUAAGGACCUAGUAGGCCUUAGUGUUUGCUUAGUACAUGCCUUACAAGUUACUUAUGCAGGCAUUAACAUUGUAUGCAUUAGUGCUAAUAGAUGUAUCCCUAAAAUAAAGUGUUACCAAUUUCCCAGCUAUUAUUACUUUACCCCAGAUCCUCCCAUUAAACUAGUUCCGUCGGAAUAGGGCCUAAGUGUUGCAGGUGAGCCUUGCUUGGUGUAAAGACUCCACUGAUUUACGCUGCUUUGCUGUGUUGUGGUUAUUGUCUUUGUAUUUAGUUUAAUUAUUGUGUAAUUGUGUUUAUUGUUUUUGUUCAAUUGUUGUUGUGUAAUUUUGUUAAAUUAGCAGCACUGUUGUUGAUAUGUAAUUUGAUGUCAUCACCUGGGGCCUGGCACCUCACCUGGUUGUCAUGACGACUAUCCUAGGGCUAGAUGCAGCUGUCUUAGCACAAGUGCUGCCUACUUCCUAUAACCACAUUCCUCAUUUCCCCAUUUCUCUGAAUAUAGUCUUACCAGAAUCA